AUGACCGAAGUUUGCCAACCUGAUUAAACAGGCUUCUUUCAUUCGUGUGGUUAAUUUAGUUAAUGUGAAUAGAAUGCAGCAACAUUAAUUUAUUCAUGCUAGCAUGAUUCUCCAUUUACACCAAAGGCAGGAAUAAUUAUAUCAUAUAUUCUUACACCUGUUUUAAUUGGCAUCGGUAUUCUAGGGGGAAUGGGAGGUAUUUAUAUUGUCGUUAGAAUUUUCAGGUGGAGUAUUGAAAGGACCACUUUUGGAAAUGAUUCUUAAUUACUCUUAAAGUGAAGCAACUCAUAUCGCAUAUUGUUUUAUGUUUGGAGGUACUCUCCUCAACACAGCUCUAUUGAUGUUUGAAAAGUAAAAAGUUUCAUUAUGAAUAGAAAUCCAGAGGACGAGCGAAGACCAAUCAUAAAUUACAGAAUUGCUAUAAUAUUUAAUCUUGCAGUACCAUUUGCCACCAAUCUUGGCUCCUCCUUAGCCUCAUUUCUACCUUAAUUAUACACUCUCAUUUUAUAAGAACUGUUUUUAUUUGGAGUAGCCCCUAUUCUUUGGUAAAAAGGUAUGAUAUAGAAUAAUUCUGUAAAAUAGCUAAGGAUGCUAAAAAUGCAGAACUCAAAAUAAGCGACGGAUCCAAAAAAGAGAAUACUCAAAAUUUAAAUGAUUCAAACUUAAAUCCAAAAAUUGAGUUGCAGACUAUCGAAGGGAUACAUGAAUAAUAAGUAUAUAUAUUGUAAAAUACUUUAAAGGAAUAUAAAAUCUCUGAUACAAAUUUAAACGAAUCUCUAUAUUCUCAAUUUAAACAGGAAUCAGAAAAUAUAUUACCUUUGAUGCCAAUCCUCUUUAUUCUAGGAUCAUUUGGAUUAAAUUAAGUAUAUCACAUGAGUAAUUAAAUUAGAUAUUUAUAUAAAUGCGAUCAACAAAUCCAAACAAAAUCUCGUAUGUCGGAAUUAAAGAUUGCACAUGGUAAAACGAUUUUAUGAUAUUUAUCUUGAUCUUAGCCAAUGUCUUAUACGAUUAUUUGAUUUGGCAAUUCGGAACCAAAUAAGAGAAACAAUUUAAUUAAAUUAACUUUUUACCAAAAGAAAGAUAUUUUACUCCAAUCAAUAGAUUUUUUAAGAUUUAUGCUGGUGGCUUUUUGGCAGGAUUUGUAUCAGGAUUCUUAGGAAUGGGGGCAGGAUUUGUAAUGGUUCCAACUCUAUUAUACAGUGGAUUAAUCCCAAGAUGUGCUUCAGCUACAUCAGCAUUCAUUUAUUUAAUGAUUUCAUUAAAUAAUUUGAUUACUCUCCUGACUAAUCAUUAUCUAGACUGGCAAACCAUCAUUCUAUUUACUGGAUUAGCUGUAUUAGUAUAUUAUUAUCAAGAUUAUUGGAGGAUCGAUUUUUGCUAAAAUUGGUUAUAUCUUAUUAGCUAAAUACAAAAUUGGAUAUUUUGUGAUCUUAAUUGUUUUUGCCCUUGAUAUAGCCAAUAUCGUUUCAUAAAUAUAUUAUGGAGUAGUCUUUGGUAAAAGAUAUGGGUUGGACUAUCUAACCCAUGCAAAUAAAUAAUGUUAGUGA